AUGGCGACCCAGGCCCCCUCGUCGUUUUACGAGCAAUUGCCUCUCCCCACGCUCGACCGCCCCUUUGGUAUUCACCUAUGGCCUCUGCUCGACAAGGUUUGGACUCCCAUCGUGGGUUACCCCGUGAGCGAGUUCAAAUUCGUCCCUGGUGUCACGCCCAUGUCCACCAUCAAGCAGGCUGGCAUCUUUGUCGUCAUCUACUACACCAUCAUCUUUGGCGGUCGCGAGUGGAUGCGCAACCGUGAGCCCUACAAGCUUAAGGGUCUCUUCCUCGCCCACAACCUUUUCCUCACCCUCAUCAGCGCCGGCCUUCUCGCCCUCUACAUCGAGGAGCUCCUGCCAACUGUCGUGCGCAAAGGCAUCUUCCAUGCCAUCUGCCACGCUGAGGGCGGUUGGACUCAGCCUCUCGUUGUCCUCUACUACAUGACAUACCUCACCAAGUACCUCGAGUUGCUGGACACCGUCUUCCUCUUCCUCAAGAAGAAGCCCCUGACUUUCCUCCAUUGCUACCACCACGGCGCGACCGCUCUCCUCUGCUAUACCCAGCUGAUUGGCUCCACCGCCGUCUCGUGGGUUCCCAUCACUCUCAACCUCGGCGUUCACGUCGUCAUGUACUGGUACUACUUCCAGAGCGCGCGCGGUGUCCGCAUCUGGUGGAAGGAGUGGGUCACUCGUUUCCAGAUCAUCCAGUUCAUCAUCGAUCUUGGCUUCGUUUACUUCGCGUCCUACACAUACUUCACCUCGACCUACUUUCCCUGGAUGCCCAACGCAGGCGAGUGUGCUGGUGAGGAAUUUGCUGCUUUCGCUGGUAUCGGCAUCCUCAGCUCCUACCUCGUCCUGUUCAUCUCCUUCUACCUUGCGACCUACAAGAAGGGCGGCAAGUCGCAGACCCGCAAGUCUCUCCGCCGCAUGAGCCAGGCUCCCCUCCCCGACCCCCACCACGUUGCCUCGGCCGUCACCGGCAGCGCCAAAGCCAGCGGAGCCAAGACCAACGGUUCUACGCCCCGUUCCCGCAAGGCUUAA